AUGGGUGACACGUCACUGAAGCAGCAGCUAGCAUUGCAAGCGAUUGACAAAGGUUUGCAAACUCGCCUUUUACAUGAACAGAUGGCCACGAUUGUUAAACUGCCAACCUACUUUCGGGAAAAUCCCUUCUCGUUAUUUAUAAAUACUAUUUUAAUUAGAAUGGCGGAGGCAUUUCGUGAUGGUUCAAAUGAUCUCAGGCUCUGCUUGGUAAGGGUCAUGGGAGAAUGUGCAGAAGAAUUAAAAUUGGUUUUUUCUAACGAAGAAAUAGCUAGAAGGAUUCUUAAAGUGUCACACUCUACCGACUCAGUUGCACGAUCGUUGACUUUGCAGAUGCUUGCACAAACUUUCUCGAAAACUAUUUUUGAAAAGCUUUGUGUGUUGUUGACAUCACCGUCAGUUCCACCUGCCCGGAAAAUCUUGUUGUGUGAAGUAUUUGCAUCAAUGCGGACCGACAUCGACUUGACUAUGCGGAUAUUUGCUUUAGGAGAAAUUAUAUUGAAUUCAACCUGUAAUCAACGUUUGAUGUUUUCGCUGUUCACGUCACUGACUACCCUUGUUUGUUCUUCGAAGGUUGCAGCUGCAGAAUUGUCAGUUCGUAAUAAGGUACUUUGGAUUUGUUUAUUUUUCAACCUCAUCUUUUGCUACGCGAAACUCACUUUUCAUCUUGCUUUUCAGCUGGCCAUGCUAAUUGAGAGGAUGAAGAUGUCAUUGAAAAACUCUGCUUUGUGUACUGUAAUUUUAAACAAUAUCAAACGGCUUUCGUCGGCAGCGCAUAUGUUAAGCGAGAAUGAAGUUCGAAGCUUAUGUGAAUUCAACGGAUCCAUUACUGACGACCAAGUCUUGUGUGCCUGGCUUGCUGUUAUCGUACGUUUUUCGAUACAAGGGGUUCAUAAGAUUAAUCAAAUAUUCAAUGCUCUCUGUCCUUGCUUUUCAAAGGAAACAUUCGAAACACUUUUAGAGUUCGCUGCUCGGUGGAAGGUGUUGUUGACCAGUCAGAGCGUUGCCUGCAAGUUGUACGCUUUCCAACUAUUCGUAAAUCUAUAUUUUCUUCUUCGAUCUCCAGACCUUAGCUUGCUACUAUUUUCUUCUUUCACUGCACAUUUGAAGGAUAAAACUUCAAGCGGUUCCGAAAAGUUUUAUCGAAUAAUGACAGCAUUUGUUCGCGUCGAUGCGUGUCCUUUGGAACUGGUCAAUGCGCUAGUUGAACAAGUCAUCAAUGAGAGCUCAGGGUCUACUACAUUUGUGAACAUUAUACGGUUUCUUGUCGCGGUUGCUGAAAUACACCCACAUUUAUAUGGGCGUCUUGCCCACUGGUCUGCGGAAAAACUAAGCAGAGGUGUUGACUAUUCCAAUCUGACAAUGUUUGCGUUGUUAGUGUAUGCUCCAUUUGAAAACUUGACUUCACUGAAGGAAGAUCAUAUCGAUUGUUGGGGUCCACACCCUUGGACACGUUAUCUAGUAGCUAGAGCGGCUAUGCGUAAUGGUCACUUCAAAAAAGUUGCAUUGCCUUUACUGCAAUCCAUUCGACAUCACUUUGGACGUCGCGCGUUGCUUGAAGUGAAAUUCAAAUCCUUUGACGCAGCUUUGUGGAUCUCAGCACUAGUCGAUUUUUGCUCUGCUUCACUGGACUCUUUCACCUUAGAUGCAAUAGAAGCUUCGUUAUGUAGUUAUAAUAGGUCCCUUAUUUCUUUAAAGGCUUUGUGUAGCUGUUAUGAAUCAAGGCAUUACUUUUCGUUUGCUCGAGGAUAUACCGAGUAUUUGGCACUGAUGCUCAGCGUGUUUCGUGAUGUGGUAUUAAUUGUCAACACAGUCAUCAUGCUUUCCAGUGAUCCAAUGCCGGCUCAUGUUAGAAGCAGAGUAUCAUUACGCUUCAACGAACUACACUUACGUAUGGUAUCGUGCCGAGUUUCUUUCUGUAAUUUAUACAGCAGUUGCUUCGAUGCUGAUGGAAACACCUUAACUUUGAUUGACAUGUAUGCUGCCAUGUGCUCCACAGUUGAUUCAGCCCUUCUUUUAUAUUCUCAGAAGAAUUAUGCACCGGCGCCUGAAAUUGCUAAAGGACAGAACACUAGUUUCAUUACGGAACGCUUCCGAAAAACUUUACUGUGGGCCAGAAACCAAAUAGAAAGAUUGGCCCAAGUAGAUUUUGAGGAACGGAUUAGCCAACAGCACGCUUUAAACAUGAUGGAAAUCUUUGAGCGUCUAACUUGUUUGCAAAUAGGCGUCCCACGGUUCUUUUUCCAACAGUUCAAAGAUACCCACGUCAAGCUAAAUAUAUCUCCUCAACCGACAUCGAAUGAUCUGUCAGUGAUUGCCAUGUCCAGUCAGCAGCUUCCUGUGACUGUUGAAGGCGUCAUCGAAGGUACCGACACGUCCGCAAUCAGGAAGGUUCUAGUUACGGCAACAGUCAAGUUCCAGAAGAACAUCCACAAAGAUUAUUCUCACGUUGUCUUCGCGGAGUUGAAAGAUGAAAAAUUCUUCAAAGUUCAGUUUCUCCAAACGUUUUUGCAGAACUGCACUAUAUCGUUCUCCGUAGAUUUUAUGGAUAAAGAGACUAAAAGGCUGUGGAAAACGGAUGCUAAGGCAGACUUGUCAAUAUCAGUGUGA